CAGAGGCCUCGAUUAUGCAGGGGGCUGAGGGAACCACUCCAUGUGACCCUCUCGGGUGGGACUCUGCAGCUGCUUCACAGCGCAACUCUCUCACCAAACUCCGCGCCCUUGCGCUCGCGGUGCCAAAAGGCGCCCGCCCGGAUUGAAAAGGCGCAGUGCAUGCCCGCCCGCGUCACUCCGCGGACAGAAGACGCACGUCGGGGUGCGGGUCCCUCCUCUGCAUGCGGCUGCUCCUGGUUCUGUCACUUGCGCCCCGUGGAGGACCCCGCGAGUCCCAGCGUCUGCCUGGCGGCGGUGGCAACAAUGCACGGAACUUCCCGCACUUCGGCCACCAGCGUGAACGCUGACUGCUGCAUCCCGGCUGGCUUGCGCCUUGGGCCGGUGCCUGGCACCUUCAAGCUGGGCAAGUACCUGUCAGAUCGCAGGGAACCAGGGCCCAAGAAAAAGGUGCGCAUGGUGAGAGGGGAGCUGGUGGACGAGUCAGGGGGCUCCCCUCUGGAGUGGAUAGGGUUAAUCCGGGCAGCCAGGAAUCCCCAGGAACAGACUCUGGAAGCUAUUGCAGACUUACCAGGAGGACAGAUCUUCUAUCGGGCAUUGCGAGACGUCCAGCCUGGGGAAGAGCUGACUGUGUGGUAUUCUAACUCCUUGGCUCAGUGGUUUGACAUCCCUACAAUUGCGACUCCAACUCAUGAUGAGAAAGGUACUGCUCUGAGGUCUCCCCAACAGUGGGUGAGCUGGAGCAAAGUCCAGUUCUCCUGGAUUGUGGAAGGGGAGGAGCGCUACAUCUGCUGGUACUGCUGGAGGACCUUUCGCUACCCUAACAGCCUCAAGGCACACCUGCGGUUCCACUGCGUGCUCAGCGGCGGCGGGAGCCGCGCCUUCCUGCCCCAGGAGCGCGCGGCCCGGCCCGGAGCUUCCCCGGUGGCAGAAGGCCUCGGCCUUCCUUCAAAACCCACUGUCCCGGACUUGACGGCGCCCGUCCAGGCAAUCGCUUUGCGGCCCCAAGCGCAGACCGCUCAGCUCGCCCAGGCGUGCGGGGCGCGGGAGAGCAUCAAGCGGGAGGCUUCCCUGGCGCCCCUGGCCACCUCCCCGCCGCCGGGCAAGUGGGGAACGCCCAAGAAGGGCAAGGAGCAGCCGGACCGCGCGCACAGUCACUUCCUGGGGAUCGUGGGCGGCUCCUCGAGCGGCAGCGGAGCCCUGCCAUUCUACCCAGGCGUGCGCUCGGCUUUCAAGCCGGCCGGCUUGGCCCGGGCCGCUGCGCAGAGCGACCCCUACCGGGAAGAGGGCGGUGGCGGCAAGGGACCCGGGCUGGCGCUUGGUCGGCUGCUGGGCGGGGGCCGGGCCGGCGGGCGCCCGGGGAGUGGGGAGAGCCCCGCGGGCCACCACCACCAUCACCACCACGCUCACCACCACCACCAUCACCAUCCCAAGUGCCUGCUGGCGGGGGAGCCGCCGCCGGCGGGCCUGUCAUGUCCCGGGGCCCUGCGAGCCUUCCCGUUGCUCGCCGGUCACCCGGAAGAGGCGUCCGCCUUCAAGCAUGUGGAGCGGGCCCCUGCGGUCGCCGCGGCCGCCGCCCCCUCGCUGCCGGCCGCGCGCUACGCCGCUCUCCCCGCGCCCGGGCUCCCCGUGGAGCGCUGCGCGCUGCCGCCCCUCGACGCCAGCAGCCUCAAGGCGUACCCCGGCGGCGGCGGCGGAGGCGGUGAAUGCAGCCCCUUGCCCGCCGUCAUGCCGGCCUUCACGGUGUACAGCGGAGACCUGUUCUACGGCCCUCCGGCCGCCUAUUACCCCCUCAAGCUACACUUGGGCGGGCUGCUCAAAUACCCGGAGUCCAUCUCCUAUCUGAGCGGCCCCGCGGCGGCAGCGGCGGCGGCAGCAGCGGCAGCGGCGGCGAUCGGGCCGGCCGAGCUGGGUUCCCUGGCCAGCAUCGACCGCGAGAUCGCCAUGCACACACAGCAGCUGUCCGAGAUGGCAGCCGGGAAGGGUCGCGCCCGCCUGGACUCGGGGACGCUGCCUCCAGCCGUAGUGGCGGCGGCGGGCCCCGGGGGUGGCGGCGGUGGCGGGAGCGCGGCAGGCAAGCCCAAGACCGGCCACUUGUGCCUCUACUGUGGCAAGCUGUACUCGCGCAAGUACGGGCUCAAGAUCCACAUGCGGACGCACACGGGCUACAAGCCGCUCAAGUGCAAAGUGUGCCUGCGGCCCUUCGGCGACCCCAGCAAUCUCAACAAGCACAUCCGACUCCACGCCGAGGGCAAUACGCCCUACCGCUGCGAGUUCUGCGGCAAGGUGCUGGUGCGCCGCCGAGACCUGGAGCGUCACGUCAAGUCCCGCCACCCAGGCCAGAGCCUGAUGGCCAAGGCGGGCGACGGCCCGGGCGCAGAGCCCGGCUAUGUUCUGGAGUCUGGGGAUCCCAAGAGCGAGGACAGUGAUGUAGACGUCUGCUUCACUGACGAUCAGAGCGACCCUGAGGCUGGGGGUCGUGGCGAGCAAGACUCCUAACGUGCCUUCCAGGGAAGGAGCAGGGACGUGGACACAGUAGAGAGUGAAGUGGGGGACAAGAAGGGCUUCAUUGAUAUUGUCGUAAUUCUGGGGAUGGUGUCGGAUUAGGAACAGUGAGCCGCUCCAAUUCUCGAGUGGAGCAAAGUUUAACGAAGGGUUAAAGAAACAGCCAAUGAAUAGCACAUAGGUUGUGGGUCUCCAUCAUUCAGGCCCCUAGACUCUGGCAUAGCCUCUCAUUCUGAAAGAAUUCUGGCCUUGAGGUUCAGGAUCACAUCAACAUAAGCAUCUCAGAGCCCUCAAAGGUGAUGAUUUUUACUGCCACACAUUUUUCAAACGUUCUUGUCUGUGGAGGAAAUCGUGCCUUUUGAAAAGAUGUUCCGCGUGAAUUUUAUGUUAAACAUUUCACUGCAUAGCAAGCGAAACAGUAGAUGUGACACCCACACACCUCUUUCCGUUUCCUAUCUGUUUUCCUGUCAAAGAGCACUCCUUGCCACAUAGAGUAUAUAUUGUGGUAGUGGAUGUAUAAAUUGGUCAAGUUGCAAUUAUUUAUGAGAGAAUAAUGAUAAAUGUAAAAUAACGCAUGAAUAUAAGAGCACGCAAUAUAUAAAUUAAAAAAAUAUCCUAUUUGGUAGAGUCCAAAUGUUUAUGUUGUUUUAUAACGAACGAUGUACAGUGGAUAUAGUACUUUGCCCUUGCUUCCAUUUUGUGCAAUCUUUAAGAAUAAUAAAGAUACAAAUGAGAGUUCUA